AUGGGCGCACUCCAAACGACGACCACGACGACGCUUUUGCUCUUGCUGUCGCUCGCUCGACGCGGCGCGGCGGCGGCCGCCCUCGAGGCCUCGGACGAGCUCCUGUUUCUCGACGCGCCCUCCUUCUGCGCCUACCACUGCUCGUCUGCGCUGCUGUCGCCGUCUGCGCACUGCGCCACGCCGCGCUGCAGUCGCCACCGCUUGCUACAAGGCCACGAACAGCCGCAGCAGAUCGACGUGUUGUCGUGCCAGGACGUGGCGCAGAACGCGUCCGCUCUCUCGUUUGCACUCACACUCGCGACAGCAGACAAGGCCGCGGUGUUCCAGGGAUUCCAUGACGCGUUUUUCCACGCGUACGACGCGAUGCUGCAGGGCGCGAGCGUGAAGAGCGACGCGUGCCAAUUGGCGUUUCUGCAGGACAAAUUGCUACCAGGGUCCUCCACGCACUUUGACAUUCUGGAGCACGAGCAGGAGACUGGGCUGAGAGCGCGACUGGUGACGCUUAAAGCGACGGUCGUUGAAGCCGAUCAGGACCGAGCGUGUGUCGUUGCAAUACGAAAUGUAAAAGGUUUGGAUGCAACAGCGGAGAUGCCGUUGCUUACGAGGAGAGGAGAUUGGCUGGGGGACAAUACAGUGUUGCUUGUGCAUGCAGACGAUUGGACUGUGGAGAAAAUUCAAGCGCUCGAGUGUGUGGAUGUUGUGCUAGACUUGCCGAUGAUUCUGAAACUCAUGCCGUUUGCAAGGAGCGCUGCUCAUUUAAGUGACCGAAUGAAAAAGCAAGAGAUGGGUGGAAAUGCUUCACUGACGGCGCCUGGUCUGGAGAUUCGACUUGUCCAGACGGCAGAUCCAGAGUCUACUUUGUCAUCGUUCGAACAGCAAGCACAGAAAAGCUUUGGGAUGCUUAAUGUCUUUGAAACGAGCAAGAAUCAGCCGAGAUCGAUUUUUACCAAGCCACUUGAGAAUCUGGUGGCGUGGACAAACGUGCUGGCUCUUGCUGUAGUUUCACGCUCGGUCGAGUGGAUUGAUGAGCGGCACAAGCUUACGGAGAAUUUGUUACGCGGCGAAGAGCAAGAACGCUGGGUGCGGUUACAGAGCCAUCGACGUCUGGAUGCUUUUGUGCCAAGUCUUAUAGGCGUAGACUUGGCACGAGAAGCUGGCAUUCGUGGAAAUGAUGUCGUUGUUGGGAUUACAGACACGGGGCUGUAUCUAUAUCACGAUCAGUUUGACCAAGAAGAUCGUAAUGUUUUUUCCGGUAUGGUGAUGUCGGCCCGAAAAGUAGUCAUGUACAACGCCUGGGCAAACCGUGCAGAUGAAUCAGAGACAGUUACAUGUGGCCAUGGCACCCACGUCGCGGGAAUACUAGCCGGCAGCUCUUUAAGUGGAAACUACCCUAAUUUUGGGAUCGCCGACAAGGCGCGAAUCGCAUUCAUGGACAUUGGAACGCAAAGUGAAACCUGCGCUGGACAAGUAAAUUGUCCUGUAUCGCUGGCCACGCCUGCAGAUGCCAGCGAUUUGUUGGAAAGUCAGAUUGACGCAGGUGCCAGAAUUUUCUCGUUUUCGUGGGGUACGCCUGGGUCAGAUUACAGCUCGCAAGCUAGAGAUUUGGACGCGUUUAUUUGCGCAAAUCCGGAAGUGCUCGUAGUUGUGGCGGCAGGCAACAGUGGUGAGUCCACUAUCACUGGCCAGCGCACUAUUUCAUCCCCAUCUGGUGCGAAGAAUGUAAUUUCCGUUGGCGCAUCCCUUAACUCUGCAUCAACUUUUGUAGAGUUUGCAUGCUCUGAUAUCUUUAACGAGCGGACAGUAGCGUCAUUCUCUUCUGCUGGUCCUACGACCGACGGAAGAAUGAAGCCGGACGUUGUGGCACCUGGAAUGAGCCUUAUAUCAAGUCAAUCGGAGGCUCCAGGAUCAACGCAAGAGAGCGUGGCUACGUGCUCGCUUCAAGGCUCGUCGCAAGCCACGCCGGUGGUCACUGGCGUCGCCGUGCUUCUUUACGAAUGGCUUCGCGAUGGGUGGUGGAAAGAAGGCCGUAAAAAUUCUGCGUAUUCUAUGAGCACAGUUCCUGCUUCUUUGCUGAAGGCUUUGAUCAUCCACAGCGGAGAUUCCUUACGAAAGCGGAUGGCCGCAUUGCCUGCUGAUGGUGUUGUGUCCUGCUUAAGUUUAACCUCAAGCGCCACUGAUGUUACUUUCCCGGACGUCUACCAGGGCUACGGCAAACCGAAUCUUACAAACAUUGUGGAUUUUUCUAGUUUUAGCGGAAAUACCAGCCGCAAUGGGAGCAGUAGUGGUCUAGCGUCUCUGUAUUUCCUGCCAAACUCUACGAUAAACAGUGAGCCUGCGGUCAACCACGGCGGUGAAAUCGUGAUUUCGUUUACGGUAGCUCGCAAUGUUGAUUUGCGUGCCACACUAGUGUGGACCGAUCCACCAGGGUCAACACAGGCGACGUCGCAGCUGCAGCACGAUUUGGACCUCAUCGUUCGCGUUCGGAACGAAAGCCGAACAUUCGGCCCGCUAACAGCCGACUCGAGAACAGGAAGGGAUUCGAUCAACAAUGUUGAGAUGGUGCUGGUAUCUUACACAGAUCUCCUUGCCGCUGCGGGUGGCACUAACCAAAGCAGCAGUGGUAUUGGCAGCAAAGCAAACAGCUCGGCACUCGGAGACAAUGGAGAAAUCUUCGUCGAGGCUGUAGUCUACGGCCGCAGUGUGCUGCUGUCGGACUAUCAGAAAUUUGCUUUUGUGGCGUCUUCUAGUGCCAUUGGAUCCACAUCUGGGUCAGCAGAUACUAGCGAUGGCAAGUCUUUCUGGUCUACGUGGGGGAUCGCCGUUAUCGUGGGCUGUGCGAUUGUGCUGCUUAUAAUUAUUGCGCUGGCUACGCGCUGGUGUUGCGGUCAAAAGAGAAAGUACCGUAGCUCAAGACAUCAGCAAGAGCAUAAUUCCGGGCAGGACAGGAUCGCUGAAGCAGCCUAUUAUCCAGCGUAUGAGGCGGCGUCUUGUGCAACUGGUGCAAGUCAAUGCCCAUACUGUCCGUUUGUAAGUCUCGAUGCUGUGACGAUGGUCGCUCACGUGGAUUCUAGUCAUGCUAGCAACGAGCCCGACCCGGUCGCUGUGUUAGGAGGCAGCAGGGUGUAUGGGUUGGAACCGGUAGUACCAGUCGUAACGGUGACGACGAGCCCGAUGCCUCCUUAUCCGACGCCGACUGAAGCACAUUCCUCUGCAGAAGAAGAGAAGCAGGAAUGCCCGCAUUGCCGUUAUAUUGCGCCUAACGCUGUCAUCUUGGUGAACCACGUUCAGCAUAUGCACGGUCAUUAA